AUGGAUUAUAGGCAUGAACCAGCACGCUUGGCUGCACUAAAGGGUUUUAAGGAAUGUGGCACAAAGCGGGUGAAAGAACUCUUUUCUUCUCUGGGAGUGGACUGUAACAUCUUGGAACUUGAUCAAGUCGAUGAUGGGAUCCGUGUUCAAGAAAUGCUGACAGAAAUCACUAAUCAGAAGACGGUGCCCAACAUUUUUGUGAAUAGAGUGCACGUGGGAGGAUGUGACAGGACUUUCCAGGCACAUCACAGCGGGCUGUUACAGAAGCUCCUGCAGGAAGGCUCGGCCAAUGAUUAUGAUCUCAUUGUCAUUGGUGGUGGUUCUGGUGGCCUCUCGUGUGCAAAGGAAGCAGCCAUUUUGGGAAAGAAAGUCCUGGUCCUGGACUUUGUGGUCCCUUCCCCUCAGGGCACAUCCUGGGGCCUUGGAGGCACUUGUGUGAAUGUUGGCUGUAUUCCUAAGAAACUGAUGCACCAGGCGGCCCUUCUAGGACAGGCCUUGCAGGACUCAAAGAAAUUUGGCUGGGAGUAUAAUCAACAGGUGAAGCACAACUGGAGCACCCUGACAGAGGCCGUUCAGAACCACAUCGGCUCUCUCAACUGGAGCUACAGGUUGUCGCUGAGGGAGAAGGGAGUGACCUACGUCAAUGCCUACGGGGAAUUUGUGGACCAUCAUAAAAUCAAGGCAACCAAUAAAAAAGGACAGGAAAGUUAUUUUUCUGCUUCAAAGUUUGUCAUAGCAACGGGUGAAAGGCCACGGUACUUGGGCAUCCAAGGGGAUAAAGAAUACUGCAUUACAAGUGACGACCUGUUCUCUCUGCCUUACUGCCCCGGCAAGACCUUAGUGGUGGGUGCCUCUUAUGUCGCCCUGGAGUGCGCAGGCUUUCUAGCGGGCUUUGGCUUGGAAGUGACCGUGAUGGUGCGAUCCAUCCUUCUUCGUGGCUUUGACCAAGAGAUGGCAGAGAAAGUGGGUUCCUACAUGGAGAGACAUGGCGUUAAGUUCUUGAGGAAAUUUGUCCCUGUGAAGGUUCAGCAGCUGGAGAGAGGCUCACCCGGAAAGCUGAAAGUGUGGGCUAAAUCCACUGAAGGACCAGAAACCAUGGAGGAGGUGUACAACACAGUCCUGCUAGCCAUUGGCCGUGACUCCUGUACAAGGAAAUUAGGCUUGGAGAAGAUUGGUGUCAAAAUCAAUGAGAAGAAUGGCAAGAUCCCAGUGAAUGACAUGGAACAGACCAACGUGCCCCACGUCUAUGCCAUCGGCGACGUCUUGGAGGGCAAACCAGAGCUGACUCCUGUGGCCAUCCAGGCAGGCAAGCUGCUAGCUCGCAGGCUSUUUGGGGCCUCGUCAGAAAAAUGUGAUUAUAUGAGUGUUCCAACCGCCGUGUUCACACCUCUGGAAUAUGGCUGCUGUGGACUGUCAGAAGAAAAAGCGAUUGAAGUGUAUAAAAAAGAGAAUCUAGAAGUGUACCACACUCUGUUCUGGCCUCUCGAAUGGACAGUAGCCGGCAGAGACAAUAACACUUGUUAUGCGAAGAUCAUCUGCCACAAACCUGACAGCGAUCGAGUGAUAGGAUUUCAUAUUCUUGGACCAAACGCCGGUGAGAUUACCCAAGGAUUCGCAGCCGCCAUGAAAUGUGGGCUCACCAAACAACUGCUGGAUGACACCAUCGGAAUCCACCCCACAUGUGGGGAGGUCUUCACAACUCUGGAAAUCACAAAGUCAUCAGGACUGGACAUCACCCAGAAGGGCUGCUGAGGGUAGCCCUGCUGCUGCCGAGUUCUCCUUGUCCUGUUGUCGUUCCUUUCAAUGACAGUAAUGCUCUGUGCCCAGGACACCCGCUCUGUUGCUGGGGGACCAGUACAGGGCUCUGGAGGGCACAGAGAUGAGAAGGCGGACAGGGGGACAGGUCAGCAGCAGGGGCCUGCGGUCGUCUCGGCUGAUGUGAGUGGCAGUUGGGCUGCGUCCUUGACGCCCUGGCUUGGAGCCCCCUGGUGAGGUGAGCCAGGGCCGACCCUCUUGCGUCGGGCUCGACCUUGCCACCAGCACACCGUGAGUGGCACAGUGACCUAAGCUAACUUUUCCACACUUGGCACUGUUUUUAUUCCUGCUUUGUUACUUCUAUGAAGAAAUUUUUUUUCAAUUGUGAAACUGGGUGGAAAAGGCCGUUUUUCCUGUGUGCGGGCCUGGGUGGCACCUGCGUGCCUGCGUGGGUGACAUCUGGGAGAUGCAUGGCAGUAGCUGGCUGCAGAGGACUGGGGACAUGAGCAGAAAGCUCUGCGCCAGGUCUCAGUGUCAGUCAACUGUCCUUUAAGGGCCAUUUUAACCUGCUGUCAAAAUCCUGAAUUGGGCUCCACCCUCCUGGACAUUUCCUGGUGUCUGUCACCUGGAAGUGACUCUCCUCUUAUUAGUAAGUAACUCUAAACUGGUGAGACAGCCCGUGUAAGA